GUGCUCGGUUUACCUAACUUCAAAAACUGAUUUUCCCCGCUUCACUACCAACCGUCCAACCCCAUCAGAUUGACGGCUCAGAUUUCUCCACAAUUAACAUCAAUCACAAAACUUGAUCUUCCCUCUCCUUCCAUAGUUCAACUUGAGCUCUGCACUGGUGGCUACCGAUUUUCCCGCAGGAUUUUUCAACUUUCCGGGAAAAUGCUUGAAAUCCCUUUUGAAUUAUAGCAAUUUUUCUAACUGGGUCAGCGAGAUUUCCAGGGUAUGCUUUGGCGGUGAGAAAAACAAAGGAAAAAAAAAACAAAUGCCUGUGUCUACUCGGUCUCAGAUCAUGAAUGAGGAGCAAAAUGAUGCAAUUCCAGGUCAAGAAGAGAAGCAACAACUGAAUCUUCCUCCGAGAAAUCUCCACCAUGGAUUGAAGGAGAAGAUGAAGGCAUUAACCCUUUUAUACGAGCAGCAGAAGCAAGCUUCUGCAGCUCUUAAGAAGUCGUCCCCCAAAAUGGAGGAUCCACGAUUCACGACUCAUCCAAGCGUGGAGCUUCUGGGUUCUUGUAAGAAAGAAGAGCGAGAGCCGAAACUGGAGAAUGUAAUGAGAGAGAACACAAUGCCCAAUUCCUCUGUUACGAGAACUUAUGUUCUGCCCCAACCGCCCACGGCUGAUGCAAAGGAGAAUGUGGUGGUCGGGGCCGAUCGGAUUGUUGGGUUUUCAUGCUCGAGAAAGGCGAGUGUCUCGUCGAAUGUGGCUCGGAAACUGUCAUUGGGGAACUCGGUGCCUCCGGCGGAGCCGAAGGAGAAUGUGGGGUGUAAGAAAUUGCACGAAAUGGAGGAAUUGGGGAGCUUUUCGGAGAAGGAAAGUUUGGGGGAAAGUCGGAUUAUGGUAUUUGUGAGGCUGAGGCCGAUGGCCAAGAAGGAAAAGGAAGCGGGGGGGAGGUGCUGUGUUAAAAUUGUGAACAGAAGAGAUCUUUAUUUGACAGAGUUUGCUAAUGAAAACGAUUAUCUGAGACUGAAGAGGCUUCGUGGACGCCAUUUUACCUUUGAUGCUUCAUUUCCUGAUACCACUAAUCAGCAGGAAGUCUAUUCCACCACGACAGCAGAGCUUGUAGAAGCAGUUCUACAAGGAAGGAAUGGCUCUGUCUUCUGCUAUGGUGCCACUGGGGCUGGAAAGACCUACACAAUGCUGGGUACAGUUGAGAAUCCAGGAGUCAUGGUUUUGGCCAUUAAAGACCUCUUCACUAAGAUAAGGCAGAGAAGUUGUGAUGGGAACCACGCAGUCCAUCUCUCUUAUAUUGAAGUCUACAAUGAAACAGUCAGAGAUUUGUUGUCACCAGGAAGGCCAUUAGUUCUCAGAGAAGACAAGCAGGGCAUUGUUGCGGCUGGUCUUACACAAUACAGAGCUUACUCCACGGAUGAAGUGAUGGCAUUGCUUCAGCGAGGAAACCAGAACCGAACAACCGAACCGACGCGUGCUAACGAAACUUCUUCACGUUCUCAUGCUAUACUACAGGUUACAGUUGAAUACCGAGCCAGAGAUGGCGGAAUGAAUGUCGUAAACCGAGUAGGGAAGCUCUCAUUGAUUGAUCUUGCUGGGUCGGAGAGGGCACUUGCCACAGAUCAGAGAACAUUAAGAUCUCUAGAGGGAGCCAACAUAAACAGAUCACUCCUUGCUCUAAGUAGUUGCAUCAAUGCCCUUGUGGAAGGAAAGAAGCACAUUCCUUAUAGGAAUUCAAAACUCACACAACUUCUGAAGGACUCAUUAGGAGGAGCAUGUAACACUGUGAUGAUUGCAAAUAUCAGCCCCAGCAACUUGUCAUUUGGUGAAACCCAAAAUACACUUCAUUGGGCUGAUCGUGCAAAAGAGAUCAGAACUAAGGUUCCAGAGGCAAAUGAGGAAGUAAUGAAGGCACCCGAAACCGAAUCAGACCAGGCGAAACUAUUGCUCGAAUUGCAGAAAGAGAAUCGCGAAUUGCGGGUGCAAUUGGCUCGUCAGCAACAGAAGUUACUUACCUUACAAGCACAGUCCCUGGCUGCAGUUGCUUCACCAACCCCAACUUCAGCCACGUCUCUCUUAACUCCUCCAACAUCUGUGCAACAAAAUGAGAAACGAAAACCAAAAACCUCCUUCUUAAAUGGGAACUGCUUCACACCAGAAUCCAGAAAGAAGGGAGCAGAGGAAGCAGUUAGAGAGCUUCGCCGCACUGUGAAACAAUUAGAAGCAGAGCUUGAGAAGACAAAGAAAGAGCAUGUUGUGCAGUUAAAGCAAAAAGAUGAUCUUAUUAAUCAGAUCUUGAAGAAGGCCGAAAAACCGGUUGGAUCGGUUAGAGGAGAAGCGGUAAAGAGGGUAGAGACAAGAACCAACUUAAGACCAAAGGAGCCAAGCAUCGGUGAACUGAAGAGCCCAAGCCACCGGUUCAAGUCACCAGCUCCAACAGCUAAGAAACGAAGCUUUUGGGACAUAACAACUACUAAUAGUCCAUCUCUUGCCACAUUAAAUGGAAGGAAGACCAGAAGCCAUGUUCUUGCAGAACCUCCUCCUGCUGCUGCUCCCUCUAUGCUUCGUCAGCCGGGUUUCGCCCGACAGAAGCCAUAGCUUUGGACUAAGACUCAAGAAUAAUGACAAGAGUAGCUUAUUAGAAAAAUAGAAUGGUGAAUAGGCCCUGCUUUGAAGUGAGACUCAAAGAAGAGUAAAAAGUAUAAAGAAAACAGAAUGCUGACCAAAUGUGCUGCUUUAGGAGGGGAGGAUGUCUUCAUGGUAGAUAAUUCUUCUGCUUGGGCUGAUGGAUACUUCAUGUGUACACAAGUGAUAAGCCGGUAGAUUUCUUUGGUUUUCUGUUCUUGUAUCUUGAGAUUGUGUUGCAUAUUAUUUUAUUCUUUCGUAGUCAAAAUCCCUGUACUAACCAACUGGAACAUAUUCCAUGAGUUAACUCUCAUAUGUUUUGAUUUGUUUGAGGUAU